AUGUCCCGCCCUCCCCCUCGUCCAAAUCUGAGAGGACUUGGCCUACUGCAGGCCAACGUGAACCACUCUCCACACGCACAAGAUCUGCUCCAACAAAGCAUGAUGGAGAGGGGGUUCACAUUGGCGAUCGUCUCCGAGCCUCAUCGCGCCCCGGAAAACAGCCCAUACUGGGCUGUCGGGCGGGAGAGGGACUCGGUGGCGAUCCGAUGGCGGUCGGAGCCCGGAGGGCCCCAUACGACCGUCAUCGAGAGAGGCGAUCGGCAUGUCGCUGUGCAAUGGGGACGCAUCGCGGUCGUUGGGACCUAUUUAAGGCCCACCAGACGCCUCCUCCCCUUUGAGGGCUGGCUUUCGGACAUUGGGCAGACGCUCAUACGCCUGAGUCCGAGGCCGGUCCUCGUGGCCGGGGACUUCAAUGCGUGGCAUACGAAUUGGGGUUCCCGGCGCACGAACGGGAGGGGCAAGGCGCUGGCGAGAUGGGCGGCGAUGCACGGACUGGUCCUCGUGAACGAGGGCCGGACCCCCACCUGUGUGCGGACACAGGGGGAGUCCAUUGUGGAUAUCACAUGGGCUACCCCCUCGGCCAUGCGCUUGAUCACCAGGUGGAGGGUGGAGGAGGGCAUCGAAACUCUGUCGGACCACCGAUAUACAUAUAUCGGUGGAGUUCGGUGCCCUCUCCUCCGUGCGUCGCCAAGAGACACGACCGCGAUGGGCCCUGCGGAAACUCCGCGAGGACGCCCUGAUGGCCUCGAUAGAGGCCGCCUGUUGG